AUGCCUCUCAUCAACGGUAUGAAGAUGGCCUGUGAACCAUGUAUUCGGGGUCAUCGGUCAACAAAGUGUACGCACGCCAACGAGAGGCUGAUGGUUCCAGUUAGAAAACCUGGCAGGCCCCUAAGCGCAUGUCCACAUCCUCGGGAUCAAAUGUGCAACUGUAGCAGCUUGAUUGCUGCCAUUCCACGCAAGCAAACUUGCGUAUGCGGUAACGACAAGAGUACUCAAGAUUCAAACCAAACACCUGUAAUAGCUUCUUCGCCAUCGGAAACGCCGCAAUCACCUAGCAAGCAAGUGUUCAGAGUCGAUAAAAAUCACCAUAGACCAUUUAAUUCAAUCCGCAAGCAGCCUUGUGUUGCUAAUCUAGAGAGAAUGGACAAUAAUUUGAUCAAAAUUUACCAACCUUUUUCGACAGCUUCCGUACCAGUUCUCAACGGAUAUCAUACACCCUCUGUUCCAAAAAAUUGCUUUAUCCCUCAGUAUGUUGAAUCAUCUUUACAAUACCCUCAGAUUUCAACGGAUAUUCCUAUUAUAUCAGCCAUAUCAAAUGAUAGUAGUCGCGAGGUUGACGGUUGCAAAUAUAAGGACUUAACCUUAUCGGAUGAUCAGUGUCAAACUAAUAGACACACUCCACAAGUGACCCCUGGGUACUACACAAGCGAAAAUAUGAACUUUUUUAACAGUUCUAGUAUACCAGGAUCUAUCAUGUCCAAAUUAAACGGCACACUCAGAUCCCCGUUAAAUAACGACCGAACUUGUGAUUCUCAUAAAUAUAGCCACAUCAAUAGAAUAAGCGAUGCUGGUAACGUUUCUUUCGAUUUUCAACCAGAAAUUAGUGAUAGCAACAAAAACUUCAAAAAGAAACCUACCACGGGCCCAUGUUGCGAAUUCCAAAGUAAGAAUCAGAGCCACAGUUCUAGUACCGUUUCGAUUCCAGAAAUAACUGAGGUCGACACAAUCAACUGCUGUAUGCCCAAAAACUCGCAGCCUCUGAUUCAAGGCGAAUCAUCAAGUACCUCAACACAAAUACUACCGCAAAGCGAGAUAGGUUUCGAUUCGAACUUCUACCCAUAUUCAUCACAGCCAACGAUUUUUACCUACCCCGCCUCAUAUGGUUCAUUCUCUAAUCCCUUAGAUGCGACUAUAUGGCGGCAGAAUCAUGAAACUCAAUUCUCGCAGCAUCAAGGUCACAUCACAGGCCAGCUUUCAUAUGAUUCAUCUAUAGUUCCAGGUAUUCUUAGCACAUCACACAAAUGCACAUGUGGCGACAACUGUCAAUGCGUCGGCUGCGCUGCGCAUCCUUACAAUGAUGCGACACAGGAUUAUGUUAGAUCAGCCUGGCAAAGCAUGUCUUUAGACUAUACCAUCAACGAAUGUAAUCCUAUUGAAUCUAGUCCCAAUGAUAUUGAAGUAUCCCCAGAAAAAAUUGAAGGCGUCUUACCUCAGCAGACUAUCGAAAUCAAUUCUCAGAAUUCGCCUUCACCUUCCAGCCUAUCCGCUAGUUGUGAAGAACAAAGUUUACCGGCAAAUGAUUUCUUCUUCGUCAAUUAUUCCUUACCUCCGGACGGCUUUAACAAUGAAUCUUUAAAUAUUUCUAGCGGCACAAGAGAUAUAUAUGCAGAAUGUGAUGCACCUAAGCGCAAUCCCGGAUGA